AUGCACACCAAUGGGGUUCUUAUUUCUGCUCGAAAGGGUGUCCGCUCGAUACACAACUUUCCGCUCGAAGUGAAAAAAUGUAACCCAUGUACUGCCACUAUCUCCACUCCAAGCCCACCCAGGCUCCCAAGUAUCACAACAGUGUGGACACAGUGCACACACACAAUUUUGUGCUGCUCACGAUCUCGAUUGGUCACGGCUUCAACCUCCACUCAGCGUCGCAGCUCAACCUUCCGCUGGCGAGUUAGCUUGAUGGGUUCAGAAGAUGCAGGAGACUUCACUUGCCUUUGGAGGCAUGUCGCCCAGUUCGGAAGCAAGCAGGGUGCCAGCUUCAUCCUGAGGAUCUUCAGUCUCUCUGGCUGGGCUCACGUCUUUGGCAUCAGGCUUUCCGGACGCUUUGGCCAAAUCCUUGAGGAUACUGAGGAGCAGUCGGGUGCAAAAAGCACCAAUGAAUCCACGGGCAUUUGA